UUUAAAAAAUAUAGAAAAUUAAAAUCCUGCAUUGCCCUAGUUUUUCUUCAACCAUCAAAAUCUCUAACCAGACCCUUCCCGCAAUUUCCUCUCCUUCUCUCAAACAAAAACACUCAAUCCUCUUUCAAGUAUCCACCAUCAAACAAGACCAAAACAACGAAAUAAAAGCCCACCUUAAAUGCUACACUCUUGUCGUGUCAUCUUUCAUUCUCUCAAUUGAAAACCCUAUUCUCUAUGGCUAGAGGUCUCUUCCACUUGUACACACGCAAGAGAACCCUCUCAAAACUUCAAGCUCUUCUCUUCAACAACCACCACUCCCAAUUCCACACUUUUCAAAACCCGGUUUCCCCAAUUUCGACCCGUUUCUCGAACCCUCUCCUUCGCCCCAGAUUCUCCCAAAGUUCGAGACUUUCCGGCGAAAGAUUUCGCCCCACCAGGCCGUUUUCCGCCGCCGGCGACGAUGGCGGCACCACCGAGGCGCCGGAAGGCGAGUUCGUCGCAGAUUCCGGUAAGGGAAUUGAUUUUGAGCUUGGAAAGGAGGUUGUUAAUAGUGUCCAUGGUUUUCCUGAACAUGGGGUUGUUGCAAAUGAUGAUAGUAAUGAGUGCAAUUUAGAGAUUGAUGAUUCUGUAGAAUGUAGUACUAGUAGUAGUGGUGGUGAGGGUGGUGGUGGAAGUGAUAAUAACAAUGAGUUAGGGAAGAAGAAUGAGGAAUUUAUGCACGUGGCAUCGCGUGGCCCGGUCGAAUUGUACCGCGAAAUGUGUAGAGUGGAAUGGGGUCCAAGGCUGGACAGAACAGAGGUGGAGGUGCUGCUGGAAGUGUGCCAUUGGUUUGCCAAAUCAGGUUGGGCAUCCAAUCAGGCCCUUGCUAUUUACAUUGGUAUGUCAUUUUUCCCCACUGCAGCACACAAGUUCCACAAAUUUCUCAAAAAGAAGUGCCCCACCGAUGUUGCCAAGUACCUGGUAUAUCUUGGGCCGAGUGAUGAGGCCAUGAGGUUUUUGUUUCCUAUAUUUGUUGAGUUUUGUUUGGAGAAUUUUCCUGAUGAGAUCAAGAGGUUCAGGAGUAUGGUUGAGUCGGCUGACCUCACGAAGCCUCACACUUGGUUUCCGUUUGCGCGGGCGAUGAAAAGGAAGAUAAUUUAUCAUUGUGGGCCGACGAAUAGUGGGAAGACUUAUAAUGCUUUGCAGCGGUUUAUGGAGGCGAAGUCGGGGAUUUAUUGUAGUCCACUUAGGUUGUUGGCGAUGGAAGUUUUUGACAAGGUUAAUGCGAAGGGGAUUUACUGCAGUCUGUUAACUGGACAAGAAAAGAAGCGUGUGCCGUUUUCAAAUCAUGUUGCUUGCACUGUGGAAAUGGCAUCGGCACAGGAGUUGUAUGAAGUGGCCGUUAUUGAUGAGAUUCAGAUGAUGGCAGAUUCGAAUAGGGGGUAUGCAUGGACAAGGGCUCUCCUUGGGUUGAAGGCUGACGAGAUACAUUUGUGCGGUGAUCCUAGUGUUUUGGAUAUUGUCAGGAAGAUCUGUCAGGACACUGGAGAUGAGUUGUGUGAGCAACAUUAUGAGAGGUUCAAACCGUUGGUGGUCGAAGCAAAGACCCUGCUUGGAAAUUUUGAAAAUAUUCGGUCUGGGGAUUGUGUAGUUGCAUUUUCUAGGAGAGAGAUAUUUGAGGUUAAAUUGGCCAUUGAGAAACAGACUAAACACCGCUGUUGUGUUAUAUAUGGUGCUCUGCCACCUGAAACUCGUAGACAGCAGGCUAGUUUGUUCAAUGAUCAAAGUAAUGAAUAUGAUGUUCUGGUGGCUAGUGAUGCAGUGGGAAUGGGCCUGAACCUUAACAUUAGAAGGGUGAUUUUUAAUAGCCUUGCAAAGUACAAUGGUGACAAAAUGGUUCCUAUUCCAGCAUCACAGGUUAAGCAAAUUGCAGGAAGAGCUGGUCGGAGAGGAUACCUUUAUCCUGAUGGACUCGCCACAACCAUGCAUUUAGAUGAUUUGGACUACUUGAUUGAGUGUUUGAAACAACCUUUUGAUGAUGUAAAAAAAGUAGGCCUUUUUCCAUUUUACGAGCAGGUUGAAUUGUUUUCCGGGCAACUUCCAGAUUUAACAUUUCCCCAGAUUUUAGAAAAAUUUGGUGAAAAUUGCCGUUUGGACGGGUCAUACUUCUUGUGUCAACAUAAUCACAUCAAGAAGAUUGCUAAUAUGUUAGGGAAGGUCCAGGGAUUAUCUCUAAAAGAUCAUUUUAACUUCUGUUUUGCUCCUGUUAAUGUUAGAGACCCAAAAGCUAUGUACCAUUUGCUUAGAUAUGCCACAUCAUUUGGUCAGAAGCUUCCUGUAAAUGUAGCUAUGGGCAUGCCUAGAAGUUCUGCUCGAAAUGAUGCAGAACUCCUGGACCUUGAGACUAGGCAUCAGGUAUUAUCUAUGUAUUUGUGGUUGUCAAACCACUUUGACGAGGAGACAUUUCCAUAUGUGAAGAAAGUUGAGGCAAUGGCUUCAUGCAUUGCUGAUUUACUGGGUCAAUCUCUUGUCAGAGCUAAUUGGAAACCUGAAUCAAGGAUUAAAGGGAGACCAAAAACUGAAAAAAGUGAAGGGGGGCAACUAGAAACAAGGAGUGAAGUUGAAUUACAAACUGAAAAAAGGGAAAUGGGCUAUUCAAGGCUGCGAUCGCUUUUAAAAUUAUAUGAGAAGAAACGGCAUGAAAAAUCCUUACUGCUUGGUCAUUCAAAGGAAGUGGCUGCGUAAUAUGAUGACUUUGGAGGUAAUUUAUCAACGACCACACUGCAACAUAACAACUCAUACCAGGGCUUUCAAUAAAUUCACAAGUUACUAGCCAAAGCUGUGGUUAGACCUUGUUGACACAGCACUGCACCUGACCUCAAAAGAAAGAGAAAUUAAAGACCGUAUUAGGAAUGAAGGAUAGUGACAUCUAUAGAGAGAAAAACCAACUAUGGAUCAUGCAUUUUGCAUCCUGUUUAUGCAGAUAAACCAAAUUGGGGCAUUUGAGGUGCUGCAAGUGUUCUGUUUUGUACUUAAAUCAAAUGUAGCCUUAGAAAUUUUGCUGAAUUAUUUUCUACGCUGACACAUCUUUUAGUACAGGGUUGAAUGUUUUAGGCUCCAUUGUUCUUAUUACGCUUUGGUUGUGGACUUGAGGACUUGAGGAUGUGAAACGGGGAAUGGCUAGGACGACCAAGGAUAUAAUUUGUUAAGAAAUAGUUAAUUUUGUUGCUCUAACUUAGAUAUAAAAAUGUGUCAUACUUCUAGUUCCCUGUAAUAAUCUACUUUGUAUCAGAAACAUUGAAGUAUUGUCUUGAGAUGGAUUUGAGAAAGUAGAGUUUAUAAAUAAUAAAGAUUUAUAGAUUUUGCAGCUUAA